UCUUAUUUCCAGCUUUUCUUCCGUCUCGUGGUGGUAGCUUUUAUCUGGUAAAAGCUUGGGUUGUCUAUCUGUUUUGGAGAUAUAGAUAAGUUAGAAAGAUUUAUAUCGGCUAGUUUGAGUUGUUACAGAUUUGAAGUUGGAGGUGGAGUUCUGUGUCGGACGCUUCGAUGGCUGGAUCGAAGCUGUUUUUGAGUUUUCUCUCAAUCUUCGUAAUUUCAUUUAUCGCUGGAGGAGAAAGUUCUAUAACCCCAGCACCAGAGAAGGGAAUAAAUGUCUGUGCUUUUGACAAGACGAAAACUAAGUUUGUGUUACGACGAAAUAUUACCACUUUUAGAAUGAGAAAAAGUAAAAAUUGUGGAAUACCUGGAUAUGCAGACCUCUUAUGCACCGAAGUAAGUUACGAGACAAAGGUUUACUGGUAUCCAUUUCGAAGGGACUUCCAUUACAUUUCUUUCCACUGCUGUCCUGGAUGGCGUGGCUACCAAGACGGUGUGGGCUGUCUAGAAGAAAUCCCAUGUGAAGUCCAAAUCUCCCAAAACUCAAGACCACACUGUAAAACUAAACGCGUCGAUGAUCUCAAGAAAGUCCAACAGAUCUACAAACUUGGUGAAAAAGAAGGGUUUCCCUUCGCCCUUUCUGACAUCGAUGCGAUGACAUUAUUUAACCUUUACCGGAAUGACUCCUUUACCAAGACCUGGAUGAAAAUGUAUAUCCACAUGUUGCAGAAGAACAGAAAGUUGAUUGAGAGCUUCCCAUUAACCCACAAAAAGGAAUUCAACUCGAUAAAAGAUUACGAAGAGGUGUAUCAUUUCUUCAUUAACCAGAUGAAGAAUACGAGCAAGCUCUUUCGUUUCCCGUUUGACACCCUGCCAUUCAAAAGUGUUGUGAAUAGCAACACAUGGAAAGAAGACAGAGUCUUUGCUGAACUGCGUCUUGCUGGUCUCAACCCCAUGUGCAUCCAAAAGGUCUCUUUACAUCAAGGUCAAGGUGUAACGUGGUCAUCCCUCAGUCGUCGUUUGAAUAUGAACACUCACUGGGAACACGUGAUUCAGAGAGCAUUCGGUCGAACCCUUCCUCUACAAAUGAUAAUUAGCGAUGGGUCGGUAUUCGUUUGUCAUUUUCCUUUGUUUGACAACAUCGUCAAUGUACCCGACAUAACUGAGGGUAAUCCUUCGCGCAAGAUGUGGAAAUCAAUGUCACCCAUUGCGGUUUUCGUAUCAAGACCAAGUGCUGACGGGCAGACAGCUGAGCUGGUCCCAGCAGCCAUCCAGAUGGACAGCAAACCAGAAUCCCCCGUGCUUACCCCAGAAGAUGGCGAUCUCUGGUUGCUGGCUAAGGAAUCUUUCCAUGUGACUGACUUUGCUUAUGUCGAGAUGGUGGAACAUUUACUUAAAACACACUUGAUGAUGGAGCCAUUUUGUACAACCAUUCACAGACAUCUAUCCUACCUUCAUCCCAUUCACCAGAUUAUGAAGUUCCACUGCAGGGGUCUUCUUCCUACAAACAAAAUAGGAUUCCCAAAACUCGUCGACGACAAAGCUUACAUGCAUCAGUUGUUUGCUAUUGGUAAUGUAGGAUCUGUUCAGCUACUGGUCAAAGCUUUUCACACUAUGUCUUGGGCAGACACUGAUUUCCAGGCUAAUAUAAAGAUGAGAGGCUUGGAUGAUAAAAGAAAGCUUCCGUAUUUUCCUUACCGCGAUGAUGGCUCGGUUCUCUAUCGGUCCAUCCAGAGUUUUGUCCAGGAAUAUGUCGAACAAUACUACGGGAAUGAUGCUGAUGUGAAGAAGGAUAAUGAACUUCAGGCUCUUGCCAAUGAAAUGUCUGUAGAUGGAAAAGGAGAAGAUGGAGGGAAAGGAAAGCUCCGUGGCUUUCCAUCCCGAAUCUCAAGCAUCUCUCUUUUAACAAACAUCAUCACACGGCUUAUUUGGACGUCAAGUGCUCAACACACCGCCGUUAACUACCCAAUAGCAGCAUACGGAGCCUUCACUCCCAUGAUGCCAUCCAAGAUAUACGACGACCCAAGAGUUCCAGAUGACACCUUUGAUUUGUACAGACUUCCCAAUGGCAACAUUUCAGCUAUCCAAGCUGGUGUUGCUAUGAGCCUAGGAUCGCUUCACCUCGAUGACCUUCUUGAUUAUGGAGCACAGUUGAGCGACCAAGAACGAGGCGGGCAGAUCGUACAGAAGCAUUUCAAGCGUCUAAACAACCUUGUCAAGCCCCUCCUGGAUCAAAGGAACGAAAGAAGGUUCCAGGGGGGACAUCUGACCUAUCCUUUCCUCACCCCGGGGUGGGUACCUAAUAGCAUUUGUACCUAAAACUCGCGAUAGUUUGAAAACGUCGUCUAGCCUUCUAGCAAGUUAAUAUGUUAAAUUACUCUAGUGAGAAUAAAUAAAAGCAACAAGCAAACCUGAUAUUAACACUG